AAGCCAAACAGACCCAAAGUAUUUCUCUCCCUCUUAAACCCUAGUAUCAUCUAGCAGUUCCAACCAAACGCACCGGCGCCAAGGUGACCAAACCGAAAACAACUAUUGCAAUACGGUGCUCAACCUCUUCCUCUUCCAACAAUUAGGAACGAUAACAAUGGCGGACAGCAAGGCGGUGACUAUUCGGACGAGGAAGUUCAUGACCAACAGGCUCCUGUCCAGGAAGCAAUUCGUCAUUGACGUUUUGCAUCCUGGGAGGCCCAAUGUGUCUAAGGCUGAGCUGAAAGAGAAGCUGUCAAGGAUGUACGAGGUGAAAGACCCCAAUUCCAUAUUUGUUUUCAAGUUCCGUACUCAUUUUGGUGGCGGGAAGUCCACUGGGUUCGGGUUGAUUUAUGAUUCUGUUGAGAAUGCGAAGAAGUACGAGCCCAAGUACCGGCUAAUCAGGAAUGGACUAGAUACUAAGGUGGAAAAGUCAAGAAAGCAGUUGAAGGAAAGGAAAAACAGGGCCAAGAAAAUCCGAGGCGUAAAGAAGACUAAGGCUGGUGAUGCUGCCAAGGGCGGGAAGAAGAAGUGAGAUUGUUAAGAUUCUGUGCCAUCUCUUCAGUUAUGCACUAGUUGGAUUCCCUGAGGAUGUUUAUUCUUAUUCUUUUGUUAGCUAUAAUUUUAAGUUUUUGACUUCGUUUUUUGAGGCGUAAUAUGCUCCCAUUGCGGAACUCAAAGUAAUGCCAGGCCUUCCUUUAACUCUUCGGUGCUUUUGGUGACAGGUAGAUCUGGUGCACCUUUAACAGCAACCGGAAUUGUUAUCUUAUUUUAUUUAUAUUGAAUGAAUAUGGAUGCCCUCUUUUAGUCCUGACCAA